UGAAAGCAUCGCUGCCAAAAUGGAAUGCCAAUGCCACGCCCUUUCCAAGGUCGUCUGUCAGGUCGAGGUUGGCAUGCAGUGCAGCGUGCCUCUGGCUGACAAGUCUGUCGAGUGCUUGUUCAAAGCAACGACUGAGUCUAGGAGUGCGCAGACUACGGAGACUCUGGAGCAGUUAAGCUCUACUCCAGCACUUGGGCCUUCUAUCUCUCCAUCAACUGCCAAAUGUGACAACUCAAAGCAAGGAUGCCUCCACCAAUGUCACUUAUGUGACUAUACGACUGAUAAACUGUCUCAUCUGGAAACACAUGCCAGCACCCACACCGGCGAGAAGCAAUUUCAGUGCCCUUCAUGCUCUCGGAGUUUUUCAGAGAAGUGCAACCUUAGGAGACACAUGCACAUCCAUACAGGCGAGAAGCCAUAUCAGUGCCCUUCAUGUUCUUACAGCUGCUCACGAAAGGGCAGCCUUAUGACACACCUGCGCAUCCACACAGGCGAGAAGCCUUUUCAGUGCCCUUCAUGCUCUCGGAGCUUCUCAGGAAAAAGCCACCUGACAGAGCACCUGCGCACCCACACAGGCGAGAAGCCAUUUAAGUGCCCUUCAUGUCUUCAAAGCUUUUCACAAAAGGCCAGCCUGAAAGCCCACCUACGCACCCACACAGGCGAGAAGCCAUAUCAGUGCCAUUCAUGCUCUCAAAGCUUUGCACAAAUGGGCAACCUUUUGAAACACCUGUCCACCCACACAGGCGAGAAGCCAUUUCAAUGUCCUUCGUGCUCUCGGAGCUUCUCACAAAAGGCCCACCUGAAAGUCCACCUGCGCACCCACACAGGCGAGAAGCCUUUUCAGUGCCCCUCAUGCUCUUGGAGCUUCUCACGAAAGACCUAUCUAACUCAGCACCUGCGCACCCACACAGGUGAGAAGCCAUAUCAGUGUCCUUCAUGCCAUCAGAGCUUCACACAUAAGUCCAACCUGAUAUCCCACCUGCGCACACACACAGGCCAGAAGCCAUAUCAGUGCCCUUCAUGCUCUCACAGUUGCUCACAAAAGAGCAACCUUAUGGAACACAUGCGCACCCACACAGGUGAGAAGCCAUUUCAGUGCCCUUUUUGCCCUCAGAGCUUCUCACAAAAGACCCACCUGCAAGGCCAUGUGCGAACCCACACAGGCGAGAAGCCAUUUGAGUGCCCUUCAUGCUCUCAGAGCUUCUCACAUAAGACCUACCUCAAAACCCACCUGCGCACUCACACAGGUGAAAAGCCAUUUCAGUGCCCUUCGUGCUUUCGGAGCUUCUCACGUAAGGCCUACCUGAAAGAGCACAUGGGCACCCACACAGGUGAGAAGCCAUUUCAAUGCCCUACAUGCCUUCAGCGCUUCUUACGAAAGGCCAGCCUGAAAUCCCACCUGCGCACCCACACAGGUGAAAAGCCAUAUCAGUGCCCUUUAUGCCUCCAGAGCUUCUCGUUGAAGAGUGCCAUGAAGGUGCAUGAGCGCAUUCAUACGGGUGACCGGCCAUACAGUUGCACCGUCUGCUCUAGGUCUUUUAAGCAGUCUCAUCACUUAAGUAGACAUAUGAAAGCACAGCACCAUGAUACUGUAGGGGAGGUCGACAACCAUGUUGAACUGGAGCCAAUUAAAAAUCUACAGGCGUGUAGCAUGCUAGAUAGCAGCAGGUAACACAAUUGUCUCCAUGUGCUCUUGAAGGGACACUGCAGCAAAUAUUAAGCCAAGCGAAAGGGAUAGAUUAGUGCUUGAGAAUCUCUUUAAGGCAUCAAUAUUAUCGCCAACAGAGCCUUAAUAAUUGAAAAACUAAAGAAAAUGCUGGACAUGAUUGACUCUGCCAGGACAUUCAAGUACAUGCCCAAUGACGAAAGCACUCCUCACUUAAAUUAUGUCACUAGUACUCAACCACUAAUUGCAAAAAACAUUGUUGUAUUGUAUUAUAAGGCAAAAUAAAAUGCUACUUCUCCAGUUCUAUUUUAUCUUCAGAAAAAAAGAACUCAUUGAAAUUACCCUUGACAACGAUGCAGGCAGUUGAAAGGGUUUGCUUUUGCUCUACUCUGCACCACCCACACUUUAGCGUUUCAGCAGUUUCGUUAUCGCGCAGUGCUGGACUGGUUUUGCUGGUUCACGAAAUCUGCACAAACUGCAAGUAGCAGCGAAUUCAACGUCCAUGUUAUGUCGUGGGAUGCCCAAACGGUUCACAACAUUUGACCAAAAAGCAGCUGCUGCGGCGAAUCCACUGCUCUGUCUUGGCUCGGUGCUGCCGCCAUUUAUCGAAUGCCGUUUACCUCACUGAUGGCAGCUUCGGGCGGUGAUGGCAUAUGCAAUGGCACCACUCCCCCGGUUGUGUGGCGGGAGAUUUGAGUUUCUAAAAGGGCAUUUGUGCGGACCCUUAAGAUGCAAUUUUCUCAGAUGUAAACUAAGUCCUUUCUUGGCAUGGAACAAGUGUUGUGAUGUUUUUGGAAUGGUGUUUAAGCAGUCCACGUCGAGUUAUUAUUUGCCUUUAGUGUCUAAACCACUUUUUUUUGGGGUUACCAUAUUUCCUCUAGAUCUCUUCGCAGCAUGUCAUAGUACAUAGAGCAAAAGAAAUUAUGAAAACUGACCCACACAAUGCCGUUACAACUGAGCAAAAACAUAAAUAUACAGUUUCACCUCUACGUAAUGACAGGAAAAUCAAUAAUUUGCUUUGUUAAAUUGCGGCUUUUCAUUACGCGAAAAGUAUUCAAUGUUCAACCUUAUCUAACAAAUUACUGCUUGCAUGCCCCUAUAAACUAUGUAUGUUCAUUGUAAUAAUUAUUAUUACACUACAGAUGUCUGAGUGAUCUGCUUUCUAAGCUCUGUAUUUUUUUUCCCCUGUAUUCUCUUUUGGUACAUACGAACUUAUUCUGUUUGACCCAUUCAUGUAUUUGUUGCCUCUAGGUUUUCGUAUACGUGGUUCAUCCUGGAGACUUCUGAUCUUAUUCUAUUUGCGCUCUUUUUUUACAGAUUGGUAGUUUUUUAGAGGAAUUGAUUGUUCAAUAAGUUAGCUUUCCACUGUUUGUUUUAUCAGAGCACCAAAUAAAUGCCUGUGUUUAAUGAGUAUUCAUUGGCUGUUCGGGUGUAUUUUAGUACUUGAAGCAUGUGGUAUCGUGAUGUUAGCAUUUUAUUGUAUCG